AUGCAAGACAAUUCUUCGAACGAUGAUGAAACUAAGGAUUCUCCGUUGAGUCCUAAAUUAGGUGGAAAAAAACUGAAACUAAACGACGGCAGUUCACAAGACAGUAACAACGAAACUGCAUCUGGGAGUAAAAUUGUAAAUGAAGAAAACGUGGACAGCGGGGUAUCGGCUGAUAAGUCUGAAAGUACGAGCAGUGACGCUGCUGCUGCAGAGGUGCCCUUGAAUGAGGUCGUAACAAUUGCUCCGUCGAGCAGCAAUGUCCGCGCUAUACUCCUCAACAUCAGACAUCCGCGGCGCGCCAGGAACUAUAGGAAACGUAAGACUCCAGACAGGGAGUCCGGCAGCGAUUCCUCCAGAGAUUCAGAUGACCUCUCCACCGAGGAAGCUGAAAACAUUCCAUUAUCAUUGGAUACAACAGACGGGGAUGCUGCAACGGAUUUUUCCAAUGGAUCAUCUAGUGAGAGUGGUCUGGACACAUCGUCAAACAGCAGCUACCACAGCGAUGACCAGUUGAACAUGGUGGACACAGACAGCGAUGACCCGCUGUGGUCGAGGAAUGAAGAGGAAGGGGAAGAGUUGACGGGGAAACCGCCUCCUGUACUGUUAAAGACACGACCCAAACACACAUAUAUAAUAUUAAGAGAAAUAAUCAAUAGAGAAAUGGGGCUGACAUUUCCAUGCGGCAAAACAACACAGAAUGAUGUGAUAUUUGAACAGAACUUCUACGGAUCACUACACGCUGUAUAUAGAUUAGAGAAACUACAUAACCUGUUGAAACAUAAAGGCUGUGUCAAUUCUAUUAAUUUUCAUCCAGAAGGGCGUCUCCUCGCCUCUGGUUCUGAUGAUAUGAAUGUCGUUAUAUGGGAUUGGGCCAAAAAAACUCCUGUACAAACAGUGAAGACCGGCCACAAGUCUAAUGUGUUUCAGAGUAAAUUUUUAUAUCUGAAUGCUCAGAGUCAACUCAAUAUUGCAACAUGUGCUAGAGAUGGUCAGGUCCGGCUAGUGCAGGUCGGCGGCGGAGGUUCGUGUCGGCGUCGCCUGGCCGCGCACGCCCGCCCCGCCCACAAGCUGGCCGUGUGGCCCUCCGACCCGCACCUGGUGCUGUCCGCGGGAGAGGACGGCCUGGUGCUGUGUGCUGACGUCAGAGAUGACCAUCCCACCAAAAUGAUCCAUGCGAAGACAGCAGCGGGUGGUUCAGUGUCUCUGUACAGUGUGGCGGUGCAUCCUCGCUGGCGGCAUGAGGUACUAGUGGCAGGUCGGGACAAGUUCCUCCGGGUGUAUGACGCGCGACGACCUCAGCAGCCAUUGGCGCUCUACUGGCCGGGACACUUCAGAGAUGAGAACACUCACGAGGGUAAAUGGUCUCAACGCAAGAGGUUCUCCAUGCACCUGACCUGCGCCGUCUACAAUCACGACGGCACCGAAAUACUCGGCUCAUACAACGAUGAGGACAUCUAUUUGUUUAACGCCAAAAACGAUAUCUAUGAAGGCCCAGAUGAUACAAAGGACGGGUACACUCACAGGUACAGCGGACAUCGGAACAGUGUCACUUAUAAGGUACACUGUUACUUCUCACUUUACAUUUAUAAGAUAUACCUACACAUAAGUGUCGCUUUCUUUGGUCCAAAGAGUGAAUACAUUGUAUCAGGAUCUGAUUGUUCCAACAUAUAUAUUUGGGAGAAGAACUCUGAAGCUAUAGUGCAAUGGAUGAAGGGAGACUCGCAUGGGGCUGUGAACUGUAUUGAAACUCACCCUCGGUUCCCGGUCAUGGCCACCAGCGGCCUGGACAUAGAUGUUAAGAUAUGGAUACCCAAGAGAGACUCGGAUCCAACAUAUGAAGGAAUAGAAAAAGUGGUGAGGAAGAACAGCGUGACGCCACACAGCCGUCUGUUCAACGAUUUUUUACCUACACUCUUUAGCGCGUGGCGCCACGAGAACAGAAUGUACACCGAAAAUGACGUUAUCCCUAAUUACGGCUCUAACAUCGAGUUCGACGGGAACGUCUGUACGCCCUUCUAG